UCAUGGAUUUAGUGAAUUGAACAUGGGAAAUGAGAUGGGCAACAGUAACACAUCCGGCCUGCAAGAAGAAGAGAAUUCAACCACUCAAACUCAAGAGAGGUUUUUGCAAGAAGCUGAUCACGUUGAUGGUGCAGAAGGUAAAAAUCAUGUUGUUCCUGUUUCUGAAGUUAAAGACUACAAUGGAAAAGUGAAUGGGUUGGCUUCUGACGUCCCAAACGGAGCAGGAGAUUCUCCUAAAUUAAACCAGACAUCAGAUGGAAGAGAGCAAGAAGAAACUGAAGUUAAUCAUCCUGCUGAAUCUCCAAAAGUUGAUGCAGAAUCAAAUGAAGCAGGUGAUGAAACCAGUGAAAUUCAACAACAAACUUUUCCAUCUGAAGAUUCAAAAGAACAUAACAAUCCACCUGGUUACGUAAAUGAUGGACUAGAAAAUCAAACUGUUCCUGGUGCUGAAGGUAAAGACUACGAUGAAAAAGAGAAUGCAUUCACUUCUGAUGAUUUGAACGGAGCAGAGGAUGCUCAUUUUUCAGAACAGAUACCAGAUGAAACAGAGCAAGAAGACACUAAAGUUGAUCCUCCUGCUGAAUGUCCAAAAGUUGAAAUAGAGCCAAACAAUGAAGCAGAUUGUGAAACAAGUGAAACCCAAACAACUUCUCCAUCCAAAGAUGCAGAAGAUGAUGUGAAACCACCUAGUCUUGUGGCUGACGCAGAAGUAGAAAAUGGCAUAGUUCCUCUAGCUGAAUGUCAAGACUACAAUGACAGAGGGGUUAAUGGGUUGGCUUUUGAUGUUCCAGAAGGUGCAGAGGAUCCUCAUGUUGCAAACAAGAUAUCAGAUGAAAGAGGUUAG